AUGGAUAACAGGACUUAUACGAUCUACACCCUGAUGGAACCAAGAAACUCAAAAUCAUUCAGGCACAUCUAUUUCACAUGCUUUCUUGUUCUCUAUGUCCUGAUAUUAUUUCUGAACAUUUGGCUCACUGCUGUUAUUGUUAUGGAGAGAGCCCUUCAUGAACCAAUGUAUAUUUUUCUGUGCAAUCUGUGUAUAAAUGGAAUAUAUGGAGCUACAGGAUUCUACCCAAAGUUCCUGCAUGAUUUAUUAUUGGAUUCAUAUGUGAUCCCUUCUUACUUGUGUGCAUUACAAUCUUUUGUGAUUUACAGUUCAGUUGAAUGUGAAUAUUGUACAUUAGCAGUCAUGGCAUAUGAUAGAUAUGUUGCCAUAUGCAGACCAUUAGACUAUCAUUCAAAGCUGAACAGCUUAACUUGUAGCAUGCUUUUGGUCUUUUGUUGGACUGCAUCAUUUGUUACUGUAUUCAUUGGUACUGUCUUGUCAAAUACGUUAAUGUUAUGUAAAAGUCACAUUGCUAAAUUGUAUUGUGACAACUGGUCAAUGGUCAAACUUUCAUGUGACUCAACUGUUACUAAUAACAUUUAUGGAUUUCUGAUUAUUUUAUGCAUUUUCUUGUGUUUUACUUACACUAUAGUGUCCUAUAUAAAACUUGCGGUCGCAUGUAAAGCAUCACUAGAGUGCAGAAGGAAAUUUUGGCAGACUUGUGUGCCUCAUUUGUUUUCAGUUGUCAAUUUUUCUGUUGCAAUGUUUUUCGACACCAUGUACGGCAGAUACGGUUCAAGUGAUUUCCCAGAGGAUUUGCGUAAUUUUUUGGCUUUAGAGAUCAUUAUAGUGCCACCUCUAUUCAAUCCUGUAAUUUAUGGCUUAAAACUCAAAGAGGUUCGCAAGAGACUCUUAAAACCAUGCAAAAACAUGGUAAAAAAAUAA